AUGUCCGCCCACGCCGCCUCUCCCCCGGCUGCCCACCAGGAGCAGCAGUACCAGGCUCCUCAGGCGGGCAGGACAAGUAGUGACACCCCGUAUGGCCAGUACGGCGGCGGUCAAGCGUUCCAGCUGACUGCCACGGAUAUGGCGCUGGACAUGCUCAUCCGCGCCGUCUUUGAUCUUUUUCAGCGAUCUAUGGCGGCCCCUAUUGACCGCGUGAUGGUGCUGACCGCGGUCGAGGGCGAACUCGUGCGUCAGGGCCGCCUGCCCGCUGGUGGCUUCCGUGGCGUUGGGCAGCUGUACAGCCGCCUGUGGCGCAAGGAGGGUCUUGGCGGUUUUCUCCGCGGUGUUAUGGCAGAUGCGGUGCUGACGCUGCCAAGCGGGUUCGUGGACUCGUUCGCCACCAAUGCGGUGUUUGUGUGCCUGCAGCGGCUGAUUCCGGCCCGCAUGGCGGAUCAGAUGAGCACCUCUGUCAUCGUGGCGCUGUCGAUGGCGGCCACGAGUGCGGCGGUGUGGGUGGCCACCCCGUACAAUGCCAUCCGCAAGACCAUCAUGACCAACUACAUGGCGGACAUUGUCGCUCCAGCCGGUGGUCCUACCGGUGCUGUUUGCGCGGGCGGCGAGGCAGCGGCGGCGAAGAGCGGCGUGAAUGAAAAAGCAGAUGCAGAGGAGGCGGAGCCGGUCUCGCCGCUGCAGGAGGAGGCGUACCGCUACACAACAGCCACGGAAACAGCUCGCCAAAUCUACCGUCGCAAGGGUUGGGGCGGGUUCUACCGCGGCGCCGCCGUCGAGCCGCUGACCGUGUGCACUUACCGUGGUCUGUACCUUAUCGCCUCCGUCAUGUUGAGUGAGCGUGUGCAGAUGGCGUACCCGUACGCGGUGGCUCGCGGGUUGGCGAUUGUGGCCGACGUACUCACGCAGCCGCUGGAGGUGGUGAGUCGCCGUCUCGUUCUGACGGCUUCAGACGAGAAGGAUGAGCGGCGCUACGCCGGCGUUAUGGACUGCGCCAGGACAAUUGUGCGAGAAGAAGGCGUGACGGCGCUGUGGUCGGGGCUGCGCUUCCGGCUCAUGGUGAGCGUCGCUAGCAUUGCAAUACGCACGGUGUUCGUCAUGCUUACGGAUUCCGCAGACGCUUGA